AUGGCUGAGGGUCUGGGUCAAGUGGUGUCUUGGUACAUCAGUACUGUCGUUGCCUGUCUUUUUCUAAUUUUGAGAUUGUGGAUCCGUGUGCGAAAGCUUGGAUCGUUGCAGAUUGAUGAUGGGUUCAUUAUUCUUUCUGCGUGCUGCUUGAUUGGUGAUCUUAUCAUUCAGCAGCAUAUGUGGAAUUUGGGUAUGGCGAAUAUUGGUGGUGCUACACCUGAACAGUUCAAGGGAAUGAUGCAGAUGAUUGUGCCUGGAUCGAUUCUCUACGUUACGUCGCUUUGGUCCAUCAAGAUCGCUCUCGUCCUCUUUUACAAACGACUCGCCGCCCCCGGCACGAAGCUACAAACGAUCUACAAUGUUACGCUGGGACUGCUGUUGUGUUUCUGGGCUGCCAUCUUCUUCCACAUUAUUUUCCAAUGUUUCCCUCACGAUAAGCGAUGGUCGCAAGACCCCAACUACCAAUGCGAUCCCGCUGAAGCUGAGCGAAAUUACUGGUUGACAGUUCUACUAAACAUCGGUACCGACAUCGCAAUUAUCAGUCUGCCCAUCUCCAUGGUUCUUCAACUCCAAAUGAAGACGAAGCAAAAGAUUGGUGUCGCUGCCAUUUUCGCCCUUGGUUUCUUGGUAGUCAUCGCAAGCAUCAUCCGAGCCUACUACUCCAAGAAAAACGAAACAAUGUUGACCUGCACCGUCUCAAUGAUCGAAACCGCCGUCGCAAUAAUAGCAACCUGUCUCCCACCCCUCCGAACUCUCUUCCUCGGUCAAAUGUCCUCCGCCCGAACAGGCUCCAACUACGCCGGCCGCUACGAACUUUCCUCCACAGGCCGCAACGCAACGCGCCGAACAAACCAGAGUCGCAUCACUACGAAUGUCAUGGGGGGCACACAGAACAAUGAUUCGCAGGAUGAAUUGUUCAAAGAGUCUGUGACGACGCACUCUGUGGCGCCGAGUACGGAUAAGUCGGCGGGGAUUACUGUCAACACGACGAUUUUGAUGCAGCAUAGUUCGGAGGAUGAGGCGAGGAGAUCACAGAAUAGGCUUGAUCAAUUUGCGUAG